AAACAAGCCAGGUCGGGGCCCUGACCCAUCUAUGGGGGCGAGGAUUUUCCCUGUUGAGUGGGGGUUUCCCCGGCCUGGCUAACCGGAUCCUGACCCUGUGUGCCUGUGGAGGAGGGAAGGGUUAGGAGGGCAAGGAGUUUGAACUCUGAACCUAGGGCAGGCUCAGCUUCGGGGGCUAAGACCCUCGUAUGGCGCUUAAUGCCCCUCUAAGGGCUGAAGUUUUCCCUGGGCCUGCCCGGGAGAUGGGUGGAGUCUCUUCUCAGGCCAGCUCCAGUUUCCAUGGAAACCCACAGGCUUCCCACCCCGUCGGCUGCCUGGGCAGACUCCCAGCCGGGCCUCUUUCGCCACUGCCGCCGCCAGCCAGCCAGCCAGCUUCUUCCCAGGACCAUAGGCCACUCCAGCCUCAGCUUCUCCUGGCCCCCUCCCUGUGUCUGUUCCUGUCCCCGAGCCUCUGGCCUCUGAUGCCUUCAGGAGCUUGGGCCUCUCCUGCUCCACUCCUAAACUUCAGCUUCUCAGCAAACAGGCCUCCCAAGUCCCUGCUUCUCCCUCUCAGGCCUUGCUAACCUCACCAGCUCUAGGGCCUGGCCAGGCCUCCCAGGCUCCCUCCUCCACCCCCACCCCUUCUCACUCAUGGAGCCCCUGGGACUGGUCGUGCAUGGGAAAGCUGAACCUUUUUCCGCAGCACUCCGAAGCCUUGUCAACAACCCGCGAUACAGUGAUGUUUGCUUCGUGGUCGGUCAAGAACGGCAGGAAGUAUUUGCCCAUCGGUGCUUGUUGGCCUGUAGAUGCAACUUCUUCCAGCGACUUCUGGGCACAGAGCCAGGCCCCGGGGUGCCCAGUCCUGUGGUGCUAAGCACUGUGCCAACUGAGGCCUUCCUGGCAGUGCUGGAGUUCCUGUAUACCAACAGUGUCAAGCUGCACCGCCACUCUGUGCUGGAAGUGCUGACAGCGGCUGUGGAGUAUGGGCUGGAGGAACUGAGAGAGCUGUGCCUGCAGUUUGUGGUGAAGGUGCUGGAUGUGGAGUUGGUUUGUGAGGCCCUGCAGGUGGCCGUAACCUUUGGCCUGGGGCAGCUGCAGGAGCGCUGCGUGGCUUUCAUAGAGGCCCACAGCCAGGAGGCCCUCCGGACCCGAGGCUUCCUGGAGCUGUCGGCGGCGGCGCUGCUGCCCCUGCUCCGCAGCGACAAGCUCUGCGUGGACGAGGCGGAACUGGUCCGCGCGGCCCGAAGCUGGGCGCGCGUGGGCGCGGCGGUGCUGGAGCGGCCGGUGGCUGAGGUGGCGGCCCCGGUGGUGAAAGAGCUGAGACUAGCCUUGCUGGCCCCGGCGGAGCUGAGCGCCCUGGAAGAGCAGAACCGGCAGGAACCACUCAUCCCGGUGGAGCAGAUUGUGGAGGCGUGGAAAUGCCAUGCCCUGCGGAGAGGGGAUGAGGCCCGGGGCGCCCCGUGUCGCCGCCGGAGAGGCACCCUGCCCCGGGAGCAUCACCGCUCUCUGGACCUGUCCUUCAAAUGAUCCAACGCCAGGACUCGCAGGGAGCCCUCGACCCGCCCAGCUGAGCCUGCCCCAAACUACAGCUCCCGAAGUGCUCGGCGUUCGGAGCGGGCUUCCGUUCCCAGCGUGCCCAGUGAGCCGGGCGCCGGAAGAACCAUUGUCUGCCACGCGCAGCCCCUUCUUGUGCGGGAUCAAGCUCGUGUGGGCGAGGUGGGGUCGGGCCGGGCAGGGCUUGGGCUGGGCCUCCCUGAGGGGGUGAAACUCGAAAACGAGGAUUUCCUUCGCUCCACACCCUCACUCUACGCCCUGCCCCUGGGCAUUGUCGUCUGCUAGUCUAUUCUGAUGACUCCCACAUAUCUAUCUGUUCAGCUCAGCUCCCUCUUUCUUUUCUUUUUUUCUUUCUUUCUUUCUUUCUUUUUCUUUUUCUUUCUUUCUUUCUCCUUCCUUCCUUCUUUCUUUCUUUCUCUUUCUCUCUCUCUUUCUUUCUUUCUCUCCUCUCUCUCUCUUUUUUUUGAGACGGAGUCUCGCACUCUCGCCCAGGCCAGAGGGCAGUGGUGCCAUCUCGGCUCACUGCAAGCUCCGCCUCCCGGGUUCACGCCGUUCUCCUGCCUCAGCCUCCGGAGUAGCUGGUACUACAGGCGCCCAUCACCACGCCCGGCUAAUUUUUUUGAAUUUUUAGUAGAGACGGAGUUUCACCGUAUUAGCCAGGAUGGUCUCGAUCUCCUGACCUUGUGAUCCGCCCGCCUUGGCCUUUUUUUUUUUUUUUUUUUUUUUGAGACAGAGUCUUGCUCUGUUGUCGAGGCUGGAGUGUAGUGGUGUGAUUUCGGCUCACUUCAAACUCCGUCUCCCGGGUUCAAGCGAUUCUCGUGCCUCAGCCUCCUGAGUAGCUGGGAUUACAGACAUGCACCACAACGCCCGGCUAAUUGUUGUAUUUUUAGUAGAGACGGGGGUUUCACCAUGUUGGCCAGGUUGGUCUCGAACUCCUGACUUCAUGUGAUCUGCCAGCCUCGGCCUCCCAAAGUGCUGGGAUUACAGGUGUGAGCCACCAUGCCCGGCCUCAGCUCCUUCUUUCAUUCCAGACCUGCCCCCCUGGAGAUCGCUCCCUGAAUGCCCCUCAGACACCACAGGCUCGGCGAGAAAUUGAUCUCCCCAGCUUUUCCCCAGCUCUGCCCCCAUCGUGUUUCUCAUUUCCGUGGGCACCCACGCCAGAAACCUGGAUCUCAUCCUUGCCUUAUCCCUCUUCACACCUGCCUUAGGUCUCUUUUUACCUUGUAAGAGACCUUAAGAGACCUUUCCAGUUGGUUCAGUUCUCUCAGCCCCAGGUUCAACCUGUCCUGUCUGACACGUCUCACAGCCUUCCUGCCUUCACUCCAGCGCCCCCUCAAUCCAUUUCCCACAGUGCAGCCAGACCUGUCUUUGAUUGUCAGUCCUAUGGGGCUUAAGUCCUGGAACAUCCCAUUGACCUCCAGGACAAAAUUCAAUCUAUUUCACUUUCAGGGCACUCAAAACUACUAGUGAGUGGUUCCUCACCUCUUCUCUCAAAUACAAUCUUUGUAUAAAUUCAUUUAUCCUGGAGGUAUUAGUCCUCUAGCUCCAUACUUACUCAGUUACUGCAGACCCCUCUGCUACCUCCUUCAUUCACUAUACAUCUUGUUUUCCCGAGGAUGUGAAUCUCCCUCAAGAAAGAUCCCUGGGGCCUGGAGUGGUGUCUUACUCGUUUCUGCUUCCUCAGUCUCUGUCAGAUAAUCAGUGCUAUGUAAAUGUUAAGUAAAUGACUUUAUUUAUUUA